UUGCGUGCGCUCUCGCUCUCUCCGCCUCUUGUGUCUCUCUCUGCAUUACGUUGAGGCAACUGUGCGCGGGGUAACAGUAAAUCAGACCUCGCAGCCGGAGCAGUGAAACCGAAAACCUGUAAACCUCGUCGCUGUAUUUUUGGCCGCUGACAGGAGCGACUGAGUCCCCCGCCCCCCCCUCUCCCGGCCUUGUCUUUCCUUCCUCGGCUGGAGGCACCAAGAGACUUGUCCGGCGAGAGCGACGCGGCCAAGCGUUUUUCCGCCUACUUUCUGCUCGAGCUCAAUAUUCGUUCACACUGGAAAUGUCCGAAACCAAGCCGAAUGACGAGCCCAAGUUAUCGACGACGGACAGGGUGGUGAAAUCCGUUCCGUUCCCACCCAGUCAUCGACUGACGGCCAAAGAGGUCUUUGACGGCGAGGGCAAGCCCAAAGUUGACGUGCUGAAAGCCCACCUGACCAAGGAGGGACGCGUGGAGGAGGCGGUGGCGCUGAGGCUCAUCAGGGAGGGUGCCGCCAUCCUGCGCUCAGAGAAGAACCUGCUGGACAUCGAGGCCCCGGUGACAGUGUGCGGCGACAUCCACGGGCAGUUCUUUGACCUGAUGAAGCUCUUCGAAGUGGGCGGCUCCCCAGCAUCCACGCGCUACCUUUUCUUGGGGGACUACGUUGACAGAGGGUAUUUCAGUAUUGAAUGUGUGCUGUACUUGUGGGCCUUAAAGAUCCUCUACCCCAAAACUCUUUUUUUGCUGCGUGGGAACCACGAAUGUAGACAUUUAACAGAGUAUUUCACAUUUAAGCAGGAAUGUAGAAUUAAGUAUUCAGAGAGGGUGUAUGACGCGUGCAUGGACGCCUUCGACUGCCUUCCCCUGGCUGCACUUAUGAAUCAGCAGUUCCUCUGUGUACACGGAGGACUUUCCCCAGAAAUCACGAAUCUUGACGAUAUCAGGAAACUAGACAGAUUCAAAGAACCUCCAGCGUACGGCCCCAUGUGCGAUCUUCUGUGGUCCGACCCCCUGGAGGACUUUGGGAAUGAGAAGAGCCAGGAGCAUUUCACACAUAACACAGUCCGAGGCUGCUCCUACUUCUACAGCUACCCUGCCGUUUGCGACUUCCUACAUCACAAUAAUUUAUUAUCGAUCAUCCGAGCCCAUGAAGCGCAGGAUGCUGGAUAUCGCAUGUACAGAAAGAGUCAGACUACUGGCUUCCCGUCCCUCAUCACCAUCUUCUCUGCGCCCAACUACCUUGAUGUCUACAACAACAAAGCGGCCGUGCUGAAGUACGAGAACAACGUGAUGAACAUCCGACAGUUCAACUGCUCGCCUCACCCCUACUGGCUGCCUAACUUCAUGGACGUCUUCACCUGGUCGCUGCCCUUCGUCGGCGAGAAGGUGACUGAGAUGCUGGUGAACGUCUUGAGCAUCUGCUCCAAUGACGAGCUGACGACCGAAGACGAAUUGGACGGUGCCACGGCUUCUGCACGCAAGGAAGUCAUCCGCAACAAGAUCCGCGCCAUUGGGAAGAUGGCCCGGGUAUUCUCUGUUCUCAGAGAGGAGAGUGAGAGCGUGUUGACGCUGAAGGGACUCACCCCGACGGGCAUGCUCCCCAGUGGCGUGUUGUCUGGCGGCAAGGAGAAGCUGCAGAACGAAACUGCAGCUACUAUUGAAGCUAUUGAGGCUGAUGAAGCCAUCAAGGGCUUCUCGCCCCAGCACAAGAUCACCAGCUUUGAGGAGGCCAAGGGCCUGGACCGCAUCAACGAGAGGAUGCCGCCGCGGCGGGACGCGCUGCCCUCCGACGCCAGCCUCAACUCCCUCAACAAGGCGCUGUCCUCGGAGACCAACGGCACAGACGGCAAAGGGAGCACCAGCGGUGGCGGCGGCAUCCAGUAGAGGGCGCGAGCGGGAAGAGGUCGGCAGGGGACGCGGAGGUGGGGCGGGCCCGGAGAGGGGGCAGGCAUGUAUGGGUCACACCGGGGAGGGAGGGGGGUAGGGGGGAGGGCGGGAUAUCAUGUCACUUGCUCGUCUUUGGAUAUGCCUUGGAAUUGUUCGUCAAAUCUUUUACGUUAUUAGCCCGUGCGCGCGCAGUAUGUGACGGAGAGACGCGUAAGAAUGGCUCUUUCUUUUCUUAUCCACUCGGGAGUCCCUUGAUCAUUUACCUUCUUACUAACUAUUGUACGUUUACAAAAACACAGCACUAAAAAAAAAAGGACAGAACAUGAGAUGCCGUUUUUAAAGAUGUAAGGGUGUACAAACUAAGUAAGAAUUAUUUAUUGAUUUUUUUUUUGCUCCUCUUAUAAAAUAGCUUUGAAUGAAUUAGGCAGUCUUAAAAAGAAUGUUGUGGAAAUGCCAAAUAUUGGAACGUUUUAUCGUUAUGUACAUAUGACGCUUACCUCAGGUUCUUUUGGUGUGUGCUUUGACCUGAUUUUUUUUUCUUCUUCCGUUUUAUGGCUCAACAACUCGAUAAUGAAUACCUAUUUUCUUGAGUUUCAUAACUGGAAUUUACAUUUACUUAUCAUUUGCUAAUAUGUUCAUUUGUUUGUCUCUCUUUUCGGAAGGGAAGGUUAGAUUUAUUCAGGCUUGCUGGAAGUGAGUGUUCAUUUUCUCUUUUUAAGUAUUACGAACAAAGUAAGAAUAGACGGCCUAUAUUGUGUAAAAAGGAAAAAAGAAUAAAGUGUCUGCCUAUGCAUGUUUUAUAAAAAGUCAAAGAACUGAAGAAGAAACUGGGAAAUCUAAAUAUUUGAACUAUAUUGCUCUUUAGUGAACAUGUACUGGAAACAUUUACCUGCAUAUUUUCAACGAACACCACGAUGCGCUAUGCCUUCUUUUUUUUUUUUUUUUCUUUUCAAGACGACGGCAACUCCUGUUUUUAAGCGGCGCUUGUACGUGCACACAGUCCAAUUAAGCAUGUUUGACAAUUAUUGUGAGGUGUGUGGUUACAAUGUGGAGCUCAAAAAUGCAUGAUUAGCCAUUGGUGUCAUAAUAACAAGUUUCAAAUUUUAAAAACCAAAAAAAAAAAAAAAAAAAGGCUUUUGUUCAGUUUUGUAAAUGUGCCACAGAAAUUGUCAUUUGGUCCUUCUCCCCCUAAUGAUUCCCAUUAUUAUUUGGAACUCUGCUUUGUUAUAUCAGUUACAGGUUUGAUACUGCUCAGUACUUUAAACAAAACGAUGUUGAUCUUUUUUUAAGAAACUGCUUAAGUGCCCAAGUAAUUCACUACACAACAUGAAGCCUUGCUUUUUGUAAUUUAACUUUGAAACUGUUGGCAGAUGAGGCAUGCACUUGCAACUAUGAAAAAUUAGUAUUUUAUAUAACUGUUCAAUAAAAAUGUGCAUGAAUUUCAA